AUGCGUUGCAUUGGUAUUCCACUCUUGCUAGAAACUCAUCGCAAACACUACGACGACGAUUUUUCAUUUCGCGACACCUAUGACCAGCCGCUGUUGGUGGUGAUGAGUGACGUCAGCAGGUGGCAAUCAGCGGCAGCGACGGGCAAACCUGGUCGUCGGGCGCCUGGCACCUCGCCUGCUGUCGCCGCUGCGUCUCCCUUCGAUCUCUCCUCUUCCGCCACUCCCGCUCCUCCGCUCGCCUCCUUGCGCGCAGUACCGCCGCAGGUCCCUCUCGCGCCGCGCUUGCCCCACCAACCCACCGCAGAUAAGCCGCUGGCCUCCGCGCAUUCCUCGCGCUCCCUGCUGUCGUCACAGCCGUAUAGUAAAGCCCGCCGCCUGCCCUUCCGUUUCCCCGCGCGCGCCGUGUCCGCCCAGGCGCGCGCGCUCUGCCACUACGCCGCGCUCACCGUCGCCGCGGCCCUCUUUCUCGUCGUGUGGAUCGCCUUUCAGCCCGACGCGCCACGCCUGCCUGACGCCCGUGACCCCAAUGGGAGGGCCGUCCCCUACCGGUCACAUGAAACAUUACGAGGCUGCCCGGUGUGCGGCCGCGGCGAGGUCAAGCUACCGCCGCUGGUGCGCCCGCUGUCCGCGCGCGGCGCCAAGGUGCGCCUCUGCAUGGGCAGCGCCGCCGCGCCGUUCGCGCAGGGCACGUUCGUGAGCCCCGAGGAGGCGCGCGACGGGGCGAGCUUCGGCAGCCGGUUCGCGCAGCUGACGGUGUUCGAGGCGGAGGCGCUGCACGAGGCGGCGGAUGGCGCGGGGGACGCGCGCGGAGGCGGCGGGAAGGCGGGGCGGCAGGGGCAGCGAGGGGCGGCGGCGGUGACGACGUGGGUGAGGCUGCUGGCGUUCCUGGAGGACGAGGAGUCGAUCCGCAAGACGCAGUGGGAGGGGUGGGGCGCGGCGGAGCUGAGCGACGUGUACUGGCGGGGCGCGUUGCAGGUGAAGUGCCUGGUGUGGCCGGGCCACGACCCCGCGCUGCACAGCGUGGCGCCCGCCCUCGUGGUGGACGCCGUGGUGCGCCACCGCCACCCCUGGCACAUCGCCCUCGAAUGCCCCCUCCCGCCCUUCCCCUCCCCGCCUUCCCAAUCCGCCUCCCCGCCUCCUGCGGACACGUCUGCGGACCCCUCCGCAGACGCGGCAGUGCCGGUGCGCGUGAGGGUGAGUCGGCGGGAGGCGCGGCGGCACUACGUGGACUACGGGCAGCGCCUGCAGGUGCAGCUGGUGGCGGCCCGCAACGGCUCCGACCUGCGCAUGCCGCCCCUGCUGCUCUGCCGUGCUGACGGCGACAGUGAUGGCGACGGCGGUGGUGGCGGUAGUGACGGGCUCCCCGUGGACCCGGGCAGCCGCGCCCCGCCGUUCCCCUUCGCUGCCGUUGAGAGGGAGGUGGCUGCCGCGGCUAAUGCAGGCUCGGGAGGGGGCUCGGAACUGGCGAGGCUGAUGGGGGGGGAUGGGGGAGGAGUGGGGGGCAAAGCGAGGAUGAAAGGGGCGGGGAAAGGGGAGGGCGCGGGGGCGGAGGGGGGCAGUGCGGAGGAGAUGCUGGUGGAGUAUGGGGAGGACGCCGCCACGCAGGAGCAGGGGGGCAGCACCACUGCACACAGCAGCAGCAGCAGCAGUGGGGGCGGCAGGAGGAGGGCAAUGGGGGCGGUGGCGAUCUGCCUGCGCCCCUUCCACACGCGGCAGCUCUUCUCCCUCGACGUGGCCUUCUCACACGCGCGCCUGCUGGAGUGGAUCGACGCGGCGCUGCUGAUGGGCGUGCAGCGCAUCUACGUGUACGACCGCCACGCCACUGCCAUGCAAGCCCUGCUGGCGCCGUACAGCGAGCGCGGGCAGGUGCAGCACGUGCCCUUCUCCCCCUGGAGCGAGGUCUUCUAUCGACACGCGCUCUACGCUGGCAAGGCCCGCGUGCCGUACCUCGUCUCUUGCUGCCUUCCCCAUGCUUCCCCUUGCCCGUCCCUCUCCAUACCCCGCACCCUCCAUGCCCCCCUCAUUCCCAUGUCCCCUGCUGCUCUCCCAUGCCAUCCCUGCUCCCUGUUCCUCUGGCGCACGCCUCCCCUUCUCAUCCCACGCCCCCCUGUGAUUCAGCUGCGUCGCUUCAACUUCUGGGGCGUGGAGGCGGAGUCGCGGCGCGAGCCGGUGUUGGACCGCCUCACCUCGGUGGCCAUCCACACGACCACGGCGCCCCCGGAGUCGGUGGCAACGGCGCCGCGGGACGUGCUGCACCUGAACCACUUCACGGCCACAGCCAUCGACCUCGCGCAGCACCCCUGCCGCUCCUGGGUCAAGCCCGUGCUGGACCAAGGCCUCACCUGGGUCACCCCGCGCGCCCUCAAGUGCCGCGCCCUGCCCUGCCGCCGCUCCACGCCCCUCGAGUGCUGGCCCUUUUGCAUUCUGCCGUGGCAGGGGGAGGAGGAUGGCAGGAGGGGCGGUGCUGGUGGGGGUGGAGGGCUAAGGGUGGCUAAGCCUGAGAAUGUGGAGAGCGGGGAGGGAGAGAAGAGUAAGGAGCCUGCCGAAGAUACGAUGUAA